AUGUGCGUAAUAAUAACAACUACGAGACAAUAUAUGAGUAAUGCGAUUUCUGAUCUUGAAUUCCUGUUGAAGGUAUUUUUUAACAUAGGUACGCAAAUGUCUGAAAACUUCUGGAACACGGUACGCAACGAAAUAGACCGCACACGGCCUCCAAUUAUCAGCCAGGUUUACGACGGUCUGUAUUCAGUUGGGGCUUCCACUGGUAAAGUUGUCAACAACUGCAUUGCAUCAGUAGAAAAGGUAUCACCGACAACUGCUUCCAUGGCCAGAGUUGCACGAGCUGCCGCGGAAGAUUAUCUCCCAAUGUUCCAGGAUAAUCGGUAG